UACCUUCUGAUCUCGGAAGUGCUCUUUUUGUGGGAAAUCAAUCGGCGUGGUUUGAUCGUAUCGUGGUUGAAUUGUUUAUAUAUCGGAUAGAGGAAAAAAAACAAGUUCAACAUUGGAUCGAAGUUUAAUGACUGUUAAUUGCGCUCCGGUUUGGAAGUAAAAAGUAACGCGAAGGUUUCCUCGUUACGCGCGAUACAUUGUUCUGGACUCGAGACCGCAAGAAAGAAGCGAGUUAUUUUGAUAAUUGGAAAAGUGAUUUUCAAGGACUUUAAAAUGAGUUCAGCGUAUAUGCAGUACAAUCCGUCAAUGAUGUACGGCGGAGGGCUGGAGUCAUCAUAUAAUCAUUACGGUGUGACAACAACCCCCCAAACUUAUGGAUUCGGAACGGAUGGAACUUCGUCGGAGGGAUACCAGAGCCCAGGACCUGUAUCCAGUCCGGAAUCUUAUUACACAUCACCAACGGAAGGUAGCUCUCCGAGCUACAAUUAUGAUUGCAGCGUAUCCAACUCAACCGUUAAUGGAUAUGUUGAGUCUUGCUUCAACUAUACGACCAACAACUUCAAUACCGCCUGCCCAACGGUUCCGAAGCUGGUCCCUACCGGUAACACCUCGGUGAGACACUGCUACCCAGGAUAUUCAGCAGAUCAGCAAAACACCAAAAGUACUUACCUCGAUCGUAUGUACAGUCCGUAUACAAUCCCAGCCCGCAACAGCCGGCACUUGGGGACCAACGCUGCCGCGAUGCUAUCCAGUUCUCCAACUCCAAGCUCGAUCAGCACCAGCAGUAGUGUCGAGUCCACGUGUCCGUCAGCAAUUGUGUGUGAGUCUGUCCAGCAAGAAGUCCUGAAAAAACGCCGCCUCGCAGCGAACGCACGCGAACGAAGGCGUAUGAACAGUUUGAACGAUGCGUUCGAUCGCCUCCGGGAUGUGGUGCCUUCGCUCGGCAACGAUCGGAAGCUGUCCAAGUUUGAGACGCUGCAAAUGGCCCAAACCUAUAUUGCCGCGCUGAAUGAGCUGCUUUCAAGGAACUGAUUAUGGAUAAACUAAUGUAGUUGUCGUUGUGCUGUAUAGAAUUGUGUAAAUAUCCAAUAUAAUUGGUUUUAAAGUUUUACCAAAUACUUUGAAGGUUACAAGAAGUGUAAACAUAACGCAGGUUUGGACAUCAAUUAAAACUCUUUCCAACAACUUAACUCAAUAAGCCAUAGCCAUAGGAGAUGCAUUCAAAACGUGCGUUCGAGUAAAUAGCUGAUUCAUGUAAAUACGGAACAUGUUUUGACGCGACUUGUCGCGUACUUUCAUUUGCUAGCAAACCAAUUUUAUCUUUUAAGCCACUUAUCUACAGCCACUUUUAGGCGCGAGAAAUCGGUUCGAAAUGUAAAUAUAUAAUUGUUGAAAGUUCCUCGUAGCUGGUCGUCCUACCCGGGUGAUACCGAAUAGAGCCUUUAAGUGAAACAAAAACAAAAAAUAACACAAUUUCAAAUGUGUUUAUAGACAUGUAAGAAAUACUUUAACGAGCCUCGACUGCUCCCGACUUGGCUUCUGAGUGGUGAUUAUUGGACAAUUAUCGAAUUAUCUAGGGUGAGCACAGAGCCACGGAAGGAGGUCGGUCUUACCCGGCGUGGGGAACGUGGACUGAUUCGAUUAAGGUUAAUUUAUAUGGAGCAUACAAAUUCAGCGUUUAAGCAACAUUCGUAGAGAGCAUUAGUGUUACGAAGUAGGUGAUAAGCACACCACGAGGAAAAAAGAUUUGAACGUAAAUUAUAUCGCUUAAGGCACACGAUUCAUUCAGGUAUGUUUUCGGGAGGGAAGGUUAAAGGAGUAAAUGCGUGUAAAUAUGUGAAACGAAAAUAAUGGUGCAAUUGUGAACUAA